AUGAAGUUAUCCCAGAUCCUCAGCACCGCUGCACUAUGCAGCUUUGCAAUUGCAAGUCCCAUUCCUGGCAAUGAAAUUGCUGAGAGAGAGGCGAAUCCCGUUUCGCCUCCUGGCUACGGGGUCAAGUACAUCUUGGAAGACGAUCUUGACAAGCGUGAGCCCCAGAGAAACACGUAUGGCAAGGCCUAUACUCUCAAGAUGAAGGAUGAUGGUUUUGAGAAGCGCGAUCCUCAGAAUACAUAUGGCAAGGCUUACACACUGAAGAUGAAGGACGAUGGUUUCGAGAAGCGUGACCCUCAGAAUGCAUAUGGCAGGGCUUACACCUUGAAGAUGGAGGAUGACGGCAUUGAGGAGCGUGCGGCUGAAAGUGAGGCUUAA